CUCUAAAGGGCAGAGGGCUGUUUUUGUUAAGUAUUUGUAGGAAAAAAACUUGCAGCAACUGCUUUCAGCAGACACUUGGUUUGUUUAAAGAAUUGUUUGGUUACAGCUGAGAGAUAUGGCCUCGAAGAACAGCCGUGAUAACAAGCAGGUUUACGAGGAUCUAAAAGAACAGUUAUCCAAGCUGAGCCGUUCGUUGAAGGUCUUAGAAACUAGGGCACUAAAACAUAACUUCUCGACGAGCGAACUUACUUCAAAAGGCCGCAAAACUUCUUCAGUCAAGUUACUGAAAACUGCUAAAGAGAGCGAUGUCCGUCCUCUGAAUAAAAAUGUCCUUGAUGGGCUGGCAAAACUUGUGAGUGCUCUGGAUACACUCACUGAAAUCCGGAAGCAGAGAAACUCUAAAGAGUCUAAAAUUCAUGGCGCGGCGGUUGGAAGAAGAAGGAAAUCCAAAAGAUCCAUAAACUUUGAAACAAUAGAGAAUGACAUUACAAAUUACAAGAUUUUAAUCAGCGAUAUAUCUGCUGAAGCAGAAACAGUUGAUCAGGUGACCAAAUCUGGAAAAAUAAGCCUGGAGGAAGGUAAAAUAACCAAAAGCAAAGAGGAAAAGAUGAGACAGGAAAUUGCAGCAAUAAGCAGUCGGUGGAAUGUACUUUGCAAAGACGCCGUCGACAAGUGCAACAGCAUCGAAGCGUUCGUUUUGGAAAUGCAAACUGAAUAUUCCAAGUUAGAUUUGUGGAUGAACAAUGCUGAAAUAGCGGAUUCAUUGCUAAUGGAAUACGACCCAUAUGCAGAUCACCCGGAAAAGUUGGGAACCACGAUUACAGCUGUGAGAUUACAGCUUCAUGAAAACCAGAAAGUCCUAGAGAACUUUAGGAAGUCCAAGCCUAGACUGCAUAACAUGAACGACAUAGCCGCUACACUCAUGAAGAGUGGACGACUCGACGAGGAAGAUACUGACGAAUUGGAACGUGUUAUCAAUGUUAUCGUUGCAAAAUGGGAAUCGAUCGAUAAUCGGCUGAAUGCAAGUCGAGACAGGAUUUACGCUGAGAUCAACAAGUUAAGACAAAGGCUCGUAAAGCAGAGGCAGUCGAUUAUUCGAAGGUUUAGCUCACGGAGAAAUUCAUCGUUUCGAAGGAAAAGAUCCAUGCGGAAAAAACGCGAGGCGCAGCAGAAAAAAGAAGUCGAGACAAAGGAUCAGGAUGCUAAUGAAAGAAAAAUUGAUAUCUCUAUGAAGGAAACUGUUACCAAACGAACAUCACUGGAUUUGACUGUUUCAUCAGACCAGAAUUCAAAAGUUGAUGAAAGGAUCCGUGUUUUAUCCAAGAAAGAGAUUGUUACCAGUUCAGCCGCCGUGGAUUUGAAUGCUUCCCUGGACCCUGUGCACGUUGUUGUGAAAAUAGACAACGAUUCUGACGAGGAAAGUCUCAGGUUGGAGAAACAGUCCAAUGCUUUUAAAUCCUUUGACUCAUCCCUUAAGUAUUGCGAAAGGAAUGAGCAAAGUCUUGAGGAGGAGUCGCUUCAGAAAUUUUCAGUUCCAGAGACUAGAAGGAAGGAGUUGGAAAAACAGUUGAACGAUAUUACGAGAUUUGAGAGGGAUGUCGAGAAAUCAAGAUCUGAGUUUCAUUCACAAGUAGAUAAGUUUGAAAAGGCUAAAGAGGAAGACUUCUUCAAUGAUACUGACACUGAAAUCCUGGGCAAGAGAGUGGAGGAUCUGAAGAACCGCUGGGAUCAAUUGUGGGGGGAACACAUCAAUAAUAAGAAUCGCAUUAUUAAAGCCACUCUGGACCUUAACGAAAAGUCCUUACUGAAGAUGAGCAAGGAGUUUAACGAUAUCGAGAGGCAGAUAAAUAGACCUGAAAUGUACGAAGAUGAGCGGCUUUCGCUUGAAGAAAACAUCCUCAAACAGAAGCGGCUGAUGGAUGACAUAGGAUCAUAUGACAGUGAAAUCAUCGAGGUGAAUGUUUCAGCGCGUAGCCUACUGGAGAGAGGUUCUAUCGAGAAAGGAAAAUUUGAAGAAGUUCACAAGGAAACAGAUUCUCUUAGAGAAAAACAGAAACAACUAAAGAAAAUGUGCAGAGAGAAUGGAGAUAGACUGGCAACGGAUCUUCUUGAUUUUAAUCAGCGGAACAAUAAAUCUCCUGUAGCAGUGGAAGAAGAAACAAUUCAGAUCAGCGAUGAUUACAGCAUGCUUGCUGCAUCUCUUGAUGACUUACUCGCAGAUGAUAUUUCAGACGAGGGAUUCGCGGAACUGGACUCCCCUAGGUCUUUGACUUAUCUUUGAAUUUAGCUCCGAUAAAUUCAUGUUUCUUUCUUUUUUGUAUGUUUACUUUUUUCUCAAUUUUUUGUUGCUGUUGUUUUCCAGAUACGAUGUAGAGACAUCGAAAAAAAGGAGGCUAAGGUGAAAUACAUAAAUAAACUUGGCCAAGAGAUAACUGCUGAGUCCCUUGACACGACUCUUACCGAUGGUGUUGAGGAGAAGCUUGUAACACUGAACAAAAAAUGGCGGGACACAAGGGAGAUCUUUAGUGACUACCAUGACAAGGAUGAAGACGAACACUCAGAAUUUGGAAGUUGCUGUUGUUUUCAAAUGAUAAAGAAAGCGUUUCAGGCGUGUUUCUAUAGUUGAAUGGGAUUUGUCAGGAAACAUAUCUCUUAAAUAGAGAUGAAUUAUGCCUCUUGUUGUGUAAUUAUCACGUCGUCACCGCAGCCUCACCCUACAAUUGUAACCAUACUUGCAUCUAUAUACCUUAAUGGACAGGAUGUCAAUUUGAGUAAAUAGAAGAGGACAGAUUUAAAAUUGUAAA